AUGGGCUCCUCCUCCUCCCGAUUUGAUGGCGCCGCGGUGGCGCCGGCGCUCGGGCGUGCGGCGGGGUCCGUGACGGUGGUCGGCGCGCGACGUCUUCCUCCCCGGUCUGAUGGCUCCACGGUGGCACCAGUGCUCGGGCGGAGGUUGGCUUCGGCAAGCGGUGGCGGGCGCUGGGCUCUCGGCGGCGCUCCGGCGUGUGCAGACGACGGCGGUCCCUGUGCGCGGUCGGCGGCUCCGUCUCUGACCCGGACGGCGCGGGGGAUGGCGGCGGCUCGGCGUGGCCGGCGAUCUGGAUGCGGUGGUGCCGGCGGCUCGCUGAUCUGCCGGUAUUCCAGGGUCUGCUUGAUGGUGCUGGUGGCUGUGGCGGCCUCAUACCCAGCAGGCGUCCUGGUUGAGGAGUGCGCCGGACCGAUUCUGUUUCCCUCGAACUGCAAAACCCGCUUGUACACGCCGGGCUCCGGUGAGACGGCGACUGCUGGCCGACGUCGAGCGCGCGCUCCUCCUCGACUGCAAGGCGGCGCAGCUGACCUCAGCUUCCUCGCCGCGAAGGGUCGCAACCCACCUAGCGCGCGCGAUGCCCUCUUCCUCCUCGUUCGUGUCGGCGGAGGCGGCGAGCCCGAGCUGUGGCGCCGCAUCAACAUGCUAGGCCACGCCGAUCUCUCCCGCCAGCUCAACCUCCACGGGAUGGCGCAGGCCGCCGUCCGCCGCAGCGCGGGUAGGUGUGAGGCGUUCUGGUGCGAGCACGCCGGCGGCCACGGCUUCCUCCUCCGCCUCGCCGACCAGGCACCAUCUCUCAAGAGUCUUCGCCUCGUUUCAUGCUAUAAAUUUAGUGAUGAAGCACUUACGGAGGCGAUAGUGAAAUUCCCUUUGCUUGAGGAGCUCGAGCUUGCAUUGUGUUCAAAUGUGGGUGGGAGUGGCGUGUUGGGGGUUGUUGGCAAAGCAUGCCCACAACUGAAGAGCUUCAGACUGAUUAAGGAUGUGUUGUAUGAUUCUGAAGCUAGUGACUACGACAAGGAUGAUGAAGCCAUGGGGAUUGCAACCAUGCGUGGGCUACGCUCUUUGCAGCUGUUUGGCAAUGGCCUGACAAAUAAAGGACUGACAGCUAUCCUGGAUAAUUGCUGCCACCUGGAGUUCCUUGACAUUCGUCACUGCUUUAACGUCUACAUGGACAACACCCUGCGCACAAAGUGUGUUAGGAUAAGCACACUUUGGCUCAUCCUGCCAAAAUUGGGUGAUGUCGGCAUGAGAGAGCAAUUUAUUCGCCCACAAGCAUCUGAUAGGGGAUUUCCUAGAAUAAUAUCUUCCUCAUCCAUGGAUGCUCGGGGUGAUCUUUCUGCCAUUGAGAAUCAGGUGCACAAGCUAAUCGAUGGUUUGAGAAGCGAUUCCAUAGAAGGUCAAAGAUCAGCGACAUCAGAGAUUCGCCUUCUAGCUAAGCACAACAUGGCGAACAGGAUUGUCGUUGCAGAUUGUGGGGCUAUAAACUUGCUGGUUGGUUUUCUUCAUUCACCAGAUGCCAAGAUCCAAGAAAAUGCAGCGACAUCCCUCCUCAAUCUGUCCAUCAGUGAUAACAAUAAGAUUGCCAUCGUGAAUGCAUAUGCUAUUGAUCCUCUCAUCCAUGUCCUGGAAACAGGGAACCCUGAAGCUAAAGAGAAUUCAGCAGCUACUUUGUCCAGUCUCUCGGUUAUUAAAGAACACAAAGUGAGGGUUGGACGAUCUGGUGCCGUCAAGCCUCUCGUGGACUUCCUGGUAAGUGGGACCCCGCAAGGAAAGAGAGAUGCAGCUAUUGCAUUGUUUUAUUUAUCCAUACUUGAUGAGAACAAGGGUCGCAUUGUGCAAGCUGAUGCGGUGAAGCAACUAGUUGAGCUUAUGGAUCCUGCUCUUGGAAUGAUCGACAUAGCUGUAGCUGUCUUGGCAAAUCUUGCUACGAUACCAGAAGGGAGAACUGCGAUUGGGCAGGCGCGAGGUAUUCCAGCUCUUGUUGAAGUUGUCGAACUGGGUUCAGCGAGAGGGAAGGAAAAUGCUGUUGCAGCAUUGCUUCAGCUAUGCAAAAACAGUAACAGAUCUUGCAGCAUAGUUCUUCGAGAGGGUGUUUUGCCCCCUUUAGUCACACUGUCACGGUCAGGAACACCACGAGCAAGAGAGAAGGCACAGGCUCUUCUCAGCUACUUCCACAGCCAGAGACGUGGGAACUCAGGAAGGGGAUGAUAAUGAUAGUCUUACGAUAUGCAUCAAUCAUUUCCCCGGACUUCUCAAAUAGCAGGUAUUGUUGUUGACUGGCGCUGUGUACUGUUUUAUAGUCAGAUUGAGAUUGUGCACAUCAUGGCAUGCUACUUGUUGGGUGUGGGUGUUUGUUCUCGUCAUUGUUGUUGAGAUGGUAUAUUCAUCGAUUUUAUAUAUUUUUUAC